UACAAAAAGCAGGCUUAGCUCUGGUAUCCAAAAUUUAUUCAAAAAUAUUGAACACUAGGAAACGAUCCGGAGAUAUGAACAACGAAAAAACUCAUAGAACGCCGUUCAAAGAGAGGUUUAAGACCUGUUAUCUUGACUAUACUGAUGAGCGCCUGUGGGAAUAUAGCUAUUUAAAGGCUAGAUGUAAGGAAUUGAACUUGGAAGACGAGUAUAAGAAGUAUCAGGUCCGUCUGAUGAUCAGUUACCUCACCGUUUUCUAUCCCUUGUAUAUACUAGUGGUCGUAGGUCAUCAAGUAGUGAAAUGGUCUUGUGCCGAGUACACAAAAUUCACCUAUCUGGAUUUGAUUUUUGAAGGAACUUCUCUAGCUCUGGUUACUGGCUUGAUGAGCAUUAAUUUCUUCGAAAACUUCGUGACUCGCCACCACUGGAUAAUGAUCGUCACCUCGGUUUUGUCCGCAUAUAUUGUGGCAUUCUCCGAUAUAGCGUGCAACAUAUUUCAUUACUACCAGACCCAGUGGCCUCUCAAUACCUCAUAUGACGUCUUUGUGCUGUGCAUGAUUUACAUGUUCCUGCCGAUACCCUCGAUCACUGGAGCUGCACUAUUGGCCUUUUCAGUCAGUCUUUUAUACGUGGUCUACUUCGUUCACUUUCUGGUGACGGACCCAAGUGACCUUGCUAAGCAUAUUCAUGGCUUUGAUGUGAUAUCCGUCGACGUAUUCCACUUCCUGGGAUUCAACAUGAUGGGUAUAUUUUUCCGUAUCAUGAACGAGACGGUGGUGCGUGCCUCUUUUCUGGACCGUCACCAGUUCAUCAAGGAGGAGAUCUGGUUGAGUCACGCUCUGCGUCAGGAAUCAAUACUUCUGGACAGCAUCCUGCCUCCUCAGAUUGCAAAACCUAUUCAGAACAGCAUUAAGGAAAAGAUAAUGCAAUCAGAAGCCGAGUUCGACCUCUUCCAAAUGGGAGUUCCUCGGAGGGCAGAGAACUUCAUGGCCAUCCAGAUCCACCCUGAUGUCUCCAUCCUCUACGCAGAUGUGGUGAACUAUACCCACUUGACAACGACUCUGACGGUGGAGAAGCUAGUAAAGGUCCUGCACGACCUCUACGGCAGAUUCGAUAUGGCUGCCUCAUCUUUUGAGGUGCAGCGCAUAAAAUUCCUGGGUGACUGCUACUAUUGUGUGGCUGGUUUGACGAUGGGCGAUCCAGAUCACGCUAAGAAGGCCGUUUCUCUGGGAAUUUCUAUGAUUGCCAACAUCCAGGAGGUGCGGUCGGAACGUGCCUUGGAUAUCGACAUGCGUAUAGGAGUCCAUUCAGGAAGUUUGCUGGCAGGUGUCAUUGGACAGACCAAGCUACAGUUUGACAUAUGGGGUUCUGACGUGGAGAUCGCCAAUCGCUUGGAAGCAACUGGAAAGCCAGGAUUUGUGCACGUUAGUGGGCGGACUCUAAGUAACUUGAAUGUAGCCGAUUAUACGAUCCAUCCGGGAACGGAAAUGGCACAACUGGAUCCCGUACUGCAAAAGCAUCCGAUGAGCACCUUCCUUCUUUCCGCUGUAGUAAGCCGCGCUUCUGUCCGACCAGUGGAUGUAGGGCCCUCAUAUGUGAACCUAGACAUUAAAACCUUGGGACCAACCCGGGAUACUGCCAGUCUUGCCUCUAUGACCGAUGAGUUGCGUGAGGAAUUUAACAAAAUGCCCGUGGGGGGCUUGAAGUAUCGGUCACCUUGCUGCCAGCAAAAUCCAAAUUCGAGUGGUGAGAAAUCCCAACACGAUGUGGGCAUGUUUUGUGCAGCGUUCAAGGACUCGUCUUUGGAAUGGAGUUAUUUACACCAACCAGAUUUUAUAUUCAAGUCUUCUAUGCUGCUGGCCUGGGGCAUUGGGGGCUGCCUGAUAUUCAUCCAGAUCGCGUGCAACAGACUUGUCUGCGUUGAAUGUAUUGUGCUUAAUGCGAUCGCCUUUUCUUUUCUGACUUCCCUACUCUUUAUCGCAUGGUACAAGAAAUUGUGUUGGUGGCAAUAUGGACACAAUAACCUCAAAAAGUACAGCAAACUCAGCUGCAUCGUAUUUCAACUGCUUGAAAAGAUCCAGCACAGCUUUCUCCUGCGCAUUACUAUUUAUAUAAUGCUUAUAGUGUGCUAUUACAUAGUGAUUGCUUUGAUAUUGGCGAACUGUGAUCAAAGUCAGUACGAGUUGGACCUCAUUGAGAGCAAGCUCUUUCACUACGAAGAGAAUCAGAAUACCUGCUUCCACCCGUGGGCGUUCACAAACAUGGUAGCCCUGAUCCUCGGCAUGAGUUACACCUUCGCACGCAUCCCGUUCGCCCUCAAGACAAUCAUCGGCUGCUGCGAGGCAGUGGCCUACCUGCUGAUUGUGCUUUUCCAGUACGCCUUUCUUUUCCAGCACAGUGCCACCACGACUCCGUAUUUGAGAGCUGAAAUAGCGCACUGUGUUCGGGUCUGCAUGAUGCUAGUCAUUAUGUAUGCAAAAGAGCGUCAGGCCGAGUUCAACACAAAAAUGAACUACAAGCUCAACUUGGAUUUGCGUAAUAAGCAAAAAGCAGCCGACGUCACAAACCAAUCGAUUAUUAUUUUGCUCAAUAACAUACUUCCCUCUCAUGUUGUCGAGCUCUAUCUGAACUCAGUAGCCAAACACGAGCUCUACUAUGAAAAUUAUCAAAUGGUAUCAGUCAUGUUUGCCAUGCUGAUCAAUUUUCAAAUGGAUUUGCCAAGCUUACGAGUGCUAAACGACAUCAUAACUGAAUUUGAUAAGCUGUUGAUUACCUACAGGAAAUAUUACGUUGUUGAGAAAAUCAAAGUCGUUGGCUGCACCUAUAUGGCAGCUUGUGGACUGGAUCUAAACCUCGCUUCAAAAAUCAAACGCAGUGUGAGCAUUGGCAGUGAAUCAUUUCACUCCAAAAUGGAGGAGGAGCGCAGCCUGCUAGAAUCAAUCAAAGAAGGUUCCAAUCACGAUGAGGUGGCGUUUAUAAUGACCACGUUCGCUCUGGACCUGAUGAGAGUCCUGUUUGUGUGCAACAAAGCAUACGCGGGUAGACCCUUCGAUCGGGCCUUAUCGACCUGGGAGAUCUGCAUCGGAAUAUCCACCGGGGAGAUAAUGGCCGGAGUGGUGGGCGCUUCUCAACCGCACUACGACAUCUGGGGAAACCCCGUCAAUAUGGCCUCUCGAAUGGAAUCAACGGGGCUGCCUGGCCACAUACAGGUGACGGAGGAGUCGGCCGAAAUUCUUGAGGACUUCGGCGUUCAGUGUAAUUACCGCGGCUUGACCUUUGUUAAGGGACGUGGGGAAAUUCCCACCUACUUCGUUGGGAUCGAUGAGGACUUAAACUUCAUUUCCAGGAAAGGUUCCAGUAAGUCUCCAAGGCGUUUACCGUAUACUCAAGAUACGGAUCUGUUCGGCAAAGAAGUUUGAUAGAAAUCGUUCAGGGAAAAUUUUACGUAAAAUUAAAAUCGGUUUCAAAAUGCAUAUUGUAGGCUACGUAUCUCAAAUUAUCUAUUUGUAAUUGCUGACUGGAAAAUUCGAGGUACGUCGCUUUACAAAAUGA